AUGAUAGAAUAAGAAUUUAAAUGUUCACAUGAACAUGUUCAUGAUAAUUAAAAAGCUGACAUAUUCCUACUUGAGAAAUCUCUACCAAAAGAUAAGAGAUUGAUUUGCAAUUAGUGUUGGCAAUUUUAUGAUAGAAAUCUUAAUUAUAUUUCACUCACUUAAGCUAAAAUACUUAUACAUUAAAAUUAAGAAAUGUUACAAAAUGUCAUUCAUAAUAAAAUAUUACCCAUUCUUAAUGCCUUAGAUAAAUUUAAUAUUUAUAUUAUUGACAUCAAAACUUCAUUCAAUAAUAAUAUUGAUACUAUCACCUCAGCUCUCAAUUUAUGGUAAUAAUCAUUGUAAACUUUUAAUAAUUCCCUCUCUUAAUAUAAAUUGGAAUCCCAUCUAAAUAAUCUUGUUGACACACAAGAUCUAGAUACAUCAGUACAAUUUUUAAACUUAAUUGAACAACUUAAACAUACUAAUAUUUCUCAUUAUUAAAAAAUUAAUGAUAAACUCUUUACCCUUUUCAAUUCUAAUGUUGUUGCUGACUCCUAAAUCACUUUAUUUGAAACUCUCAAAUUAACACUUAUCCAAUAAGUUAGACCAGAUGAACAACUUUUAUCUGUUAUGCUUAAGUAACAAGAAGUAAAUUUAUUAUCUCUAUUAUAAGAAAAGUUUUAGAAUCAAAGCAAUAUGUAAAUUACAUGAAAAUAAACCUAUCCUUUUUAUUCAUUAAAAAGAAAAUCUCAAUCUUUAUUGUUCUUCCUGCAAAAAUAGAGAAGGGAAGUGUCUUGAUGAAUUUAUUACUGAAUGGAAAACUUAUGAUUCCUAAGUUCUUCAAGAAAAACAAAUAAUCACUGAAAAUAUCUAUUAAACAUUUCAAGAAAAAUUUUAAAUAUUCCAAGAUUUAUAAAAAAAUUAUUAACAAUUUAUUGAAUGCAAAUAUAAAUCAUUAUCAAAUCUACUUUUUGAUUAAAUAACAUAAUAGAUAGCAUCUUUUAAAUAAAUGAAUAGGUGCUUUUAUGAAUGCUAAAUUGAUAAAAUGAAUUAACUCUUAAAAUAUAAUAAUAAUGAGUAAGACCAAUUAUUGAAGGAGAAGAUAAAUUCUAUUGGCUAAGAAGUUUUAAAUUUAAAUGAAGAUUUUAUUAAUCUGUGGGAUCUGGAAAAAAAAAAUAAAGAAGGAUAUUAACAUCAUUAGGAUGAUUUAAUUAAUAGUUAAAUAAAAUAAUAAAUUGUUGGUAAAUAAGAAAAAUAAAAAGAAUGCUGUUUUGCAAUAUCAUUUAAUAAAGAUAGAUCUUUAAUGUUAUCAGGUUUUAAUGAAAAAAUAAAAUUAUGGAAUUUUGAAAAUGGGAAUUUGAACUUCUAAAAAGAAUUGAUAGGACAUAAAGAUAAAAUUACUUGUUUGCAAUUUAGUAAAUAUACAAAUAACUUUAUAUCUGGUUCAAAUGAUAAAAGAAUUAUAUUGUGGAAGUAUAUUUCUGAAAAUGAAUGGCAAUAAAUAGAAACUGAUUAAGAUAAUUCAUCAGAAAUAUAUUGUUUAUUAUUAGAUGAGAAAGAAGAUGUUUUAUUAUCUGGAGGAAGUGAUUCAUCUAUUAAAGCUUGGAGUUUGAAAUAAAAUGCCCUCAAAUAUAGAUACUCUUUACAAAAGCACAAAGAUGUAAUUUAUGGUUUGAGUAUGAAUUAAUCAGAAUCCUUUUUGGUUUCAUGCAGUAGGGAUAAAAAUAUUAUACUUUGGAAAAAAGAACGAAAUAAACUCUGGACUUUUUAAUAAUUUGUUCAAUAAACUUUGGAUGAUUUUGGUUAUCGAGUAUCAUUUGUUUCAGAUACAGAAUUUAUUUGGAUUCCUAGGGAUUGUAAAGAAAUUGUUUGUAUGUUUGAACUUUAAAAUAAUGAGUUUAGAGAAAACUAAGAAAAGAAUUUCAUCUUGAAGAAAUAAGAGAAAUCUUCUAACAUGUACUACUUUCCAAUAGUUUAUAUUAAAAAGUAAUAGAUCUUCAUAGUGAAACAUAAAUUUUAUAUCUAUAUAUUGAGAAGAUAAAGAAAUGGGCAAUUUAUUCUAGCGACUGAACCUAUUGAAUGUCCAAAUGAUGAGUUAAAUUUUGCAGGCAUUACUAAUGAUGGAGAAUAUAUAGUAAUAUAUAGAUAGAAAUCAGGUUCAUAUUAAACUCUAAAGUUAAUUUAUGAAUGA